UGCCAACCGGAGGGGAGGCCUCGCUCCAUCAGGCUGCAUCAAAACUUUCCCACUGUGCAAAUACCUCUUGGCCUUCUCCAACACAGCAAUGGAGCCAUCAGAAAACGCUACCAGUAAUCAUGCCCUGAACUCGACAGGCGCAGAGGGCUCAUGGGAGAUCAGCGACAAGACCAGACUGUGCCGCUUCCUCUGCUACGGUUCAGACGGAGACAUCUACACCGCCAGAGAGCAGGGCCGCGUCUCCACGGAGACCGCCGGAGCCCUGCUGUCGCUGCUGCAGGACGGGAGAGGCGCAGAGGCGGUGGAGGAGGCAAAGCGGUUCGCCCAAGGCGGCCGCGCCGUCAGGCCGGGGCCGGCCCUCUUCGCCCUGGCCUUGUGCUCGCAGCAUUCGGAGCUGAAGACGAGGCAGGCGGCUUUCAAAGCCCUGAGGGAGGUCUGCCGGGACCCGGCCCACUUGUUCUCCUUCGUCCAGUACAAGAAGGAGCUGAAAGAGGGCAUGAAGUGCGGGAUGUGGGGGCGCGCCCUGAGGAAGGCCGUGUCCGACUGGUACAACGAGCAGGACGCCCUGAGUCUGGCUGCGGCGGUGACCAAGUGUAAACAGAGAGAGGGCUGGUCGCACCAAGACCUGCUGAGGCUCUCGCACACCAAACCGGCCACAGAGGCUGUUGCCUUGAUCAGCAAAUAUGUAACAAAAGGGUGGAAGGAGGUCCAGGCGGCUUACGCGGACAAGGAGAAAUCGGAGGAAGUGGUCAAAGUGCUCUCCUAUCUGGAAGUGUUGGAAAAGGUCAAGCACAGCUGUGACGAAGUGGAGGUCAGCGGUUUAAUAGAGGAGCACAAGCUGGAGAGGGAGCAGCUGCUUACAGACCACCUAAGGUCAAAACAGGUGUGGAGUGCCCUGCUGAAGGAGAUGUGUCUGCAUUCCAUUCUUAAACUCCUGGGAAAGAUGACGUCCAACAAACUUCUUGAGCCACGGAGCGCGGAGACCCAAACCAUCUGCGAGAGACUUCAGAACGAGUCGUCGCUAAAGAAGGCCAACAUCCACCCUUUCAGCAUCCUUUUGGCUUCAGAAAACUAUAAACGAGGUCAAGGCUUCCAGGGAAAAACAAAGUGGGAAGCAGACAGUAGCAUCCUCAAAGCCAUGGACUGGGCUUUUUACACAAGCUUUCUGAACGUGGAGCCCGUCGGGAAGCGCUUUGUCGUGGCUGUAGACGUGGGCACGUCGCUGACCAGCAUCGUCCCGGGAACGGCGAUUAGCACGGCGGUUGCAGCUGCAGCCAUAACCAUGAUUUUUGCCCGGACAGAAGCAAACACGCACGUCCUGGCCUUCUGUGAGGGUACUGUGGUUCCAUGCUCUCUUUCUGCAGAUAUGUCUCUUGCAGAAGUAACUGCUGAACUGGUUAAGUUCCCCAGCAGCAGCACAGAUUGCACCCUUCCCGUCACAUGGGCCACAGAAAAUGGGAAGUCUGUAGACAUGUUCAUCAUUCUGACCAACAACCCGCUGUGGACAUUUACAGCCAGCCCAGUGGAGUCUCUGAAGAAACACAGACAUGCGUCAGGCACAGAUUCUAAGCUGGUGAUGUGCGGCCUGACCUCCAUCGGCCACGCCAUCGCAGACACAGAGGACAGGGGCUUACUCAGCAUCUGCGGCUUUGACCUCGGAGCGUUCAGCGUCAUCCGGAACCUCGCCCUCGACCUUAUCUGACCCGACCCGACCCCAUCCAAUCCAACAACAUCUGAGGCUUGCACACGCAGAGUUCUGGAGUAGCUAAUCUCCCUCUUAAAAAGAAAUAAAUGCUGACACUUACAAUUCCAAAUUUUUGUAUUCCGUUGAAACAAAGCGUCCAGCAGGCUGGAUGGUUCUUUGGCGACGUCACAGAGUGCCGAUACAGGGUAUGCUGCAGGUAGCGCAACUACACAGCAGGCCAAUUCUGGUUCUGGUACUGGUUCUGGGUAAGACACUAACAUCUCUCAUUUCCAGCUAGAAGAUAAAGUCAGAAUGUUGGGUUUAUUUUAAGGUGGAUUCUUGUAAUUUUUGUUUCUUUCUUUUUUUUUUCUUUUUUUUUUUACUCUGGUAGCAGGUUUGAGGUAAAGUAGGUGAAUUGUGAAGCUGGAGCUAAUUUUAUGUAGUAUGUUUAUAAAUUAUUAACCGAACUAUGGGAAAUGAAGAUGAGAGGACAAGAGGAAGCACCAAAAUGUCCAAAGGAUAAUCCUCUGUUCUGUCAUUUUUAUGAUUUAUUUAGUUUUUAUUUGAAUACUAACAUUGAUUCAUUUUAGAAUGUUUUAGUUUCAUUCCUGUUUAGUCCCUCUGUCACUUUUAUUAUAUCAGAGUAGUACCUCUCUUUCUCUCUCUCUCUUUUGAUCUACUGUCCUGAUUAAAAGUUUACAUCCACUCAUCAGGCACAUAAAUGCCACAAUAAUUCAGAGCUUUUAUUGUUUCAGUCUGUUGGAAUGACUGUUUAUAAAAAAAAACAAUUAAGUGCACAAAUUUGAAUGUAACGUGGAUUUUCUUUAGUCCACAUGGUCCAUAGCACAUAUAAUCUGCAUAAGCAAAUAUUACUGGUUGCUUUUUUUCCUUGAACUCUGGAGUUUUGAUGCAAUGUGGAUCAGAAAAACAAAAUCAUGUUUUUCACAUUUUAUUUAAACUUAACUAUCCAGGAAAGUUUUUAAACAUUUGCUGUAUAAUCAGUAUACUCUGGAAAAAACUGUGGUUCAAACGCAUCCCUGGAACACUAAAAUUGAAGAUGUUCAAACCCAUGAUGGGUGGAUGUCAAGUUCUGACUGGCACUGUAUAUCAGGGUGUUCCCUGCUUUUUGAAGGAGUGUUUUCUUUUUCUUUUUUCUUUUUUUUUUGAGCAACAAAAUUAUGCAAAUGUCAAGGACUUUAACAGAUUUUGAUGAAAGUUGAGAGAAAUUGGCUCGGUUUCUCAUUUUAGUUAGAAAUCUAUGCAUUGCCAUUAGGUAGGGUUGCACCAGUUGCAGGUUUCUUGCCGAUCAAUCGAUAUUCAAAAAGCCUGAUUCCAGUUUUGACUGUUCAAAUUUUUUUUUGUCGGAAAAUUGGCAAAAUAUAGCAUCAAAAUCACUGAAGUUGGCAAAAGCUUGGUGACUGCAGUUCACCACGCAUGCUCUGAUGUGAGCUUGUGGGCAGGACUGUCUGGCCUCACAAAGAACAAAACGUUUUCACAUCCUUGCGAAGCUAGAUAAGAUCAGUUUCAUAUAUAAGUAUUGGCUGAUCGGCUAAAAUUAAGUCAACCUGGGCCAACUUCUUGGUGCACCGCUACAAUUAGAACAGUGCUGUAUUAUUUCAAGAUUAAUUGUAGCUGGGUAAGAAGAACUGUUCUCCAUGACUGAAUCUGCUGUAUCUUUAAUUUAUUUUCAACAACUAACAACUGCAACUAUUGUGGAAUAAAUCAGAUCGAAUGUACCUUUUGAAGUCAUGAAAUUGUUUAGAUUUAAGCAAUCUGAUUUCUAUUUCUCCAUUAACUGACCCCACCAUGCUUACUGUGUCAGUCGCAGAAGCAUUCAAACUGUAGGAAUUACAGACGUCGCUCACUAAACUCGUCAGUCAUCCUGGUGUGGUCCUCAGUAUAACACUAUUCUCAAUCCUGGAGCUGUGAAGGCAAUAUUUACUUUCUUUCCAUUAUAGAUUUAACUCGUGUAAGUCUGACAUAACUGUUCCACAACUGCUGCCGCUACGGCAUCUGUAGUCUUCACAGGAGAGAGUAGAAUUGUGGAGUUGUUGUUCACGAGAGAUUCUCCACUGUGCUUCACUUCUUUUCCGCCAUACUGUCUGUUGUAGCGACUUGUUACAUGAGUAUUUUGAUUGUAGUGACACCAUAAUCCCUUCCCUAAUAAAUACUUAUGCUGCUUUUGAAA